AUGUCAGCAUUAGAGAGCUUGCUGGAGCAAAUUUGCUAUGUGGAAUGCUGCAUUUGCAAUACCAUCCUACUUGUUAUCGUUCCUUACAACAGCUUAGCAAUGGUGGUGACAAUCAAUUGCGGCCACUGCGAUAACAUCUUCCCUCUCAACAUGCUACACCUCUUUCCAUCAUUCAACCAGCAACGUAAAAUGGUUGCGGACGAAGAAGAAGAUGAUGAUGAUGAAGACAGGGAUUAUGUAUGGUGCAACCAUGUUAUCCAGAAACCACCGGAAAAGAAGAAACGCGGUCCGACUGCAUACAACCGUUUCAUCAAGUAUGAAAUCAAGAGGCUCAAGGCUGAGCAUCCCAACAUCACUCACAAGGAAGCUUUUAGUGCUGCUGCCAAAAAUUGGGCACAUUGCCCACAAAGAGAGUAUAGAGAUGGACAAGUCAGUGCUUGUGAUGAAGGAGACACAAAUUACCAUGGUCAUGCAAUCCAUUGCCCAUCAUGAGGUGCAUUUUCUUGGCAAUGCUUUACAUGAAACAAAGGCAUUGA